AUGAAAAAAAUACGUUUGCAGUCUCACGAAGAAGAGCCGCCAUGUAACUGUAAAAGACUGAGAUGUAUUGAAAACAUAACUGAAAUAGAGAGAAAAGAAAUGUUGCAAUAUUUUAACAGUUUAAGUUCAAAUGACGAACAAAAUGUAUAUUUGGCAGGAUUGAUGUCUCUAGUGCCAGUACAAAGGAGACGAAAUCCUCAAGAAGAAGAUUUACUCCCAAUUCCUGUGGCUAAAUACAAAAAAUCUAAUGACGUUAAAGAGAUUUUGCAACCAGGAGGCCCAAGUUUAUUUCACGUCGCUGCCACAUCAGUAGGGCUCAUUAUUAUAUUGUAGUUUCAGGUAAAAUAUAAUUUUUCUUCUUCUCAGAUUUCGUUUUCAUAUUUUUUCCUUUUUUUCAGCGAUCCCGCUACUUUUGCGCCCCGUUCCUACAAUUAAACGCCUUGUUUUUUUCCAUUUUUUUCUGUACUUUGUUACUAUUUUUAAUUUUUUGAAUGUUUUUUAACACUUUACUGAAAAAUGUCCUUGCAGCUAAUAGAAUACCGUAUUGUUUCUAAAUAAAAAAAAA